CCUCUGUCACUGCUCACCAGGAGCUGUUCGGCAGUGUAUCCCCAGAAGCAAUAUGUGAUGCAGCUGCUACUGUAUUUGUACGCUUGCAAAGUAAUAAUUAUUGCUUAGACACACGUUAGUGGAAAAGACGGCGACGCCGGUAGCGUCAGGCACGUGUUUCUGCCGCGAAAAUGAGCAAUGCGCUGCCGUCGAGUCUGAAAUGUGUUGCGGUCGUCGGUGUUUCGUGCGUCGGUAUUUACCUUGUCAGGCGGUACAUUGCUGGAGCAGUAUGCAGGACGAGUUUGCAGCUUAAUGGGAAAGUAGCCAUAGUCACAGGGGCCAAUUCGGGGAUAGGUCUUGAAGUUGCGAGAGAGCUAGCGAAAAGAGGUGCUCGCGUGUACCUAGCCUGUAGAGAUAUGUCAAAAGCGACCGACACUGCUCUCAAGAUCAUCUUCGCAACCGGAAACACGGACGUGUUUCCUCUCUACCUGGAAGUCUCUUCGCUUGACUCGGUUCGAGAGUUUGCGAAAGAAUUUCUAGCAGGUGAACAAAAGUUGGAUAUCCUCGUGAACAAUGCAGCAGUAUUUGGCAUCCCUUUUCAAAUGACCGAUGAUGGCCACGAAAAGGUGUUUGCAACAAAUUACCUAGGUCACUUCUUAGUCACGAUGCUGCUCCUGGAUGCACUAAAGAGCGCAGCACCAAGCCGUGUGAUCAACCUCACCUCGGACGCCUACAAGUACUUCCGUUCCUUCAGCAUAGAUAAGAUCCACGACGAGCGCGGGUACGGCGUUCUCAAAGCGUAUAGUCAGAGCAAGUUGGCCCUCAUCUAUUUCACUCAGGAAUUGCAUCGGAGAUACAACGCGCAGGGCAUAGCGUCGUUUGCGGUGAACCCGGGAAGGGUGCGAACCAACAUCAUGCGCCAGUUCCGAGCCUACCUGGCGGUCGAGAACAGCAUCCUGUGGCCCCUCAAGUGGCUGCUCACCAAGUCCUCUUGGGAAGGAGCACAAACUCCGCUUCACUGCUGCAUGACUAAAGAGGCUCUCAAGUUCUCAGGCUGCUAUUUCGAGGAAUGCAAGCCCACAGAUGUAAAGCCUUUUGCCAAAGACCCGGUAACGGCUUCUCAGCUGUGGAACUACAGCGAGGAAAUGGCUGGGCUCUCCAAACCCGUUCCCAACACUUAAAAGCUGCAUGCAUACAGGUCAAAAUAACAUCCAACACAAGAGAGAUCUGACACCAUGUUUAAAUAUCUGACAGGGUAAGUCAUCACACUGAUCAGCCUUAAAUGGGAGAAUUAGUAUAUUAGCACCACAUUAGUGUUCAGAAAAUGUGCGCCACAUGAUCCUCGGUCGCUCACAUGAUCCUCGGUCAUUCAUUAAUUGCUUCUGUCAAACUUGGAAGGAUGAGCUCUUGAAGCUGAUUAGUAGUUGUGUCCGUGGGUGCAGUUUUAUCCGUGGGGACUUUAUGCAACACGGGUAAAAUGCAGAUAGAGCCUCCUUGCUGCCGACGUCUCACAGGUGGAGUCACAAAUGAGAGUACACGUUGGAUCCAAAAUGACAUGUCAACGUGCGUCAUGUCAUGUCAUCGUGACAUGUCAGAUGUUGAAAAAUAACAUGUCAUCCUUCAUGUUGCUGUUUAGGUUUUUUUUUUUUUUGACAACUGUGGAGGACAUAACGUUCCGAAGCAGUUUGUGCACUCAGAAUUUAAAAACGUUUCUACGACAAAAACGCUUGUCAUGUCAUGCGACAUUCUCGUCACGUAGAAUUUUUCCCUACAAAUGCAAUGACGGUGGAUGUGCGGAUAUAUACUCUCUGUAUAGUGCCUGCGUGGAUGCGGCUGCGUCUAUUUCAGGCAGUAAUGUUGCGGAUGCGGUUCUGGCUCUUACGAGCAUGGGUGCCAUGCGGAUGCGGAGACUGUCGAUGUUGCACUCACUGGUUCCAGAGACUGUUAUGCGGCGCAGAUUGCUUAUAGAUGACCUUGUGCAGAAACGUUCGCUAUAUCUACCGGGUUACUACGAAAAAUGUCGAUGGGUAAAGAUGUGAGCAGAUGAAGGAAAAAAACUGAUCAAUGAAGAGAUAGAUAAAUUGCUGCUUCAUGCAGCUUUCAUCAUUGCACAUGGCAUAAGUCCAGCUGUUUCGCUCAGCAGGCCCGUCCUGCACAUGUUACAUUUUACCUGUUUAAUACAUUAAUACACCAUGCUGCAACAAUGUCAGGAUCUCUGUCCAUAACCUACUGCUGUCAACCAACAUUGCAUCUUAAAAGCCACAUGCUGUGGGGAACGGCAUUUCCAAGUUUCUUCCUAAAGUUCACUGCUGUCAGGUCACACACUAUCGUCUUCAGGCAGGCAUUUAUAGCAGAAUGUUGUAUGGCACACUUGUUUAUUUCAAAUUCCUUUCUUAAAAGCAGGGAAGGGUAACGGACAUAUUUUCAUUACCGUUUUCCUUUUCGUUACUGCUAUAUUUUAGUUUCCGUUAUCCGUGUCUGAUACCAGCUUUUCAGUUUCGUUUCUGUUACGUUUCCGUUACUGUUUCCGGUAACGGAAGACCGUGGUACGCGUUUCCGUGUCCGUUCCGUAUCGUUGCCAUCUCCAAUUUCGGUAAUAUACCGUUUCCGUUUCCGCUACCAUUACCCUUCCCCGCUUAAAAGUAUGCUUUGAAUGGGAAGCCGUACUACGUUGUUUCAAAGCAUGCACCCGUGCUUUGUACCACAAAACCUAUGAAACCUGCCAACAUGCAUGUGAGUACUAGUUUGAAAGGUACACUGAAUUUAACACAUGUGUGGCAAAUCCCACGGAACAAAAUAACUUCAUUGCACACAGUGUUUCAUAGCAUAGGGAAUGACUAGAAACUAGAGCUGUGCGAACAGCUGAAUUUCCAUUUCGAAUUGUUUAAGAAUAUGUAUUUCACUUGCACUGCGAGUCGAAUAAUUUCGGAUACGUCCUGGUGAAAUAUUUUGCGGUGUUGUGCUCAUUAGAUGAUGUUCUGCUCCAAACUUGUGAGCCCUUUUCGCCCAACAUAACAUAUCGUGAGAGAAGGGUCCCUCUGUGUGUUGUGUAUGGUAGACUGGUCAACGUGUUCCAUGCAGCCUACUUUGUGUGCAUCUCUUCAUUUCUAAGUUUACGUUGUGAAUUUCCUGUAGUUUUUUAUUUCUUAGAAACGGGGCAUAUUCCCACCUGUUACUGAACGUAACUCUGAAAGUUGGAGUUCAUUUACUGGAACACGGUGUGCCCUAGAGCAGUGUUUCCCAAACUUUUGGCGGUGACGGACCCUCGGAAGCGAUAAGAACAAAUUCACGGACCCCCCCCCCACACACACACACACCGUCACAGCCAGUGCAUCACCAGCAACCUCGUCAGCUGCUGCGUGCUUUCGAUACAGCUUCACAAACGAUUCCGGACUGGUUUCUUCUUGUUUGUAUGUGUAUGACGCGGGCAAACGUGCAUUGCAGGACUUUUCUAUAAGAAAUUAGAAGCUAGCCGUUGAAGCAUGCUUGUAGCAAUUUUGGAAGUUCUGGGUGUUUGGAAAUCGGGCAGCAUGUACGAGCGUGUGUUUGUGGAGACGAAAAUCCUCACUGAAAUGUGAGAGACGGUCGCGGACCCCCAGGGACACUCUCGCGGACCCCCAGGGGUCCGCGGACCACACUUUGGGAAACACUGCCCUAGAGUACUGUGUUGACCAUGGGAACACAGAAGUUGUGGAUUUUAGUGACAGAAUAUUGUAAACAGUGUAAAUCGGGCUUCACCUAACACUCAGUGUAAUGAGGUGAAGCCUACUUGCAGAAUGGAGCUGCACACCAAAAGAACAAUGGCAGUAAUGUGAAGUGAGCUUCAUCUAACUCUUGGAUGUGAUGUGGCGAAGCCCACAUGCAGAAUGGCGAUGACGACACCUCGCUUCAGUACUGUUCGAAAAAUAUUCGAAAAACUCAGAAUACUGAAAAUAUGUUGCGAAUAGCAUCAGAUAAACGUUUCAUAUUCGAAAUUUCGAAUAUUCGCACAGCUGUACUAUAAACAGCUUCCGUAUAAUGCUGAAAACGCAGGAGAAUACACAGAAUUUUACCGUCAGUGUCGUCAGCUACCACUUCGUAGUCUGUAUGCAGCAUGUGCAGAGAAUCAUAAAGACAGACCACGUGAAGUGCGACUGGAGUAAUAAGCCUUUCAAUCCUGGUCAGGUUCGCUCGUACAGAAAUAUGUUUGUGAAAGUCGGGUUUAAGAUGUUUGUUGACAAACAUUUUUCUGCUCAGUUUCUUGCGUUCUUUUCUGACAAUUUUUUACAUUUUAGAUUGAAGCAGGCACUUGCAGCACUUUGUGAUAUUUUCGGCCACGCAUCAAGAGAUUGCACUGAGGGAGUCGAUUAGCGUAGACAUGGCGAAGGCUAGACCACACUCCAUUUUGGGACAGCGGCUGUUGUUGCGAGCUGUUUGUUCAUACGGAGGCUGUCCAAAAUGACGUGCACCAAGAUUUACGAAAAAGAAACGGAAGAAAAAAGGAGCAACUCUCCGCGAAUGAAUCCAACUGAAUUUCGCUAUAGCAGUCAUGCGUUGUGGUCACCAGUGUUUUUCCAUGGUGCCUAAUCAAUUAAUUAGAUAAGACUUACCGUACUCGUUAACUUUUAAAAUAUUGAUUUUAAAGACCGAGCUGUCAGUUGGAAAAGUGUGGAGGGACUCGAGACCAAAAAGAAAACAAGAACAAAGCACGUUAAUUUUGAAAUGGAGUCAAAUGUACGCACGAAUAUUCGUGGUUGUAAGACCAUUCCAUCCCUGUUACUGCUAAAGUGUAUUCAGCCACAUUGUCCGCACGAUAUAAUUGUGUCAGCGGAUGUGUAACGUACCAGAGGCGUAGUAAGGCCUGUCCUGUUGGAAGUAUAUGAUUAACAUGUACCUGUUACUUUCAUAAAUAGCAUAUAAACAGUGUAUACUCUAUCUCAGGUACUUCAUGUAGCAACUUGUCUUUCCUGGUGAAAGGCUAAAACUGUUUCCGUUGUAGUAGUUCUCGUAGUGAUAUGUAUAGAUGCUGACGAUAUAUAUGUGCCUAUCCUUCUGCAAUUUGUAGUUAGCUAGACCUCUUUAACGCCUGUUGCCUUGUAUGGUAGUUCGAUGGUGUGCUCGUAACGUGUCUUUGUAAAAAGGGCGUUUCAGCAGGCGUCAUUCUGUGCUGUGGUCACUGUUUAUAGUGAGUGUAUAUACGCAUGAGGUUAAUUUCGUUUCAGUAAAUCAAAUUAUGUUAGAUUUAUUGUCACACUUCGUGCCAUGCAAGUGACAUGUCCGUUGGCGAUAAAUUGUGGUCUGUAAGUAUAAUGUGCAGGGUUUUCCCAUGGUGAUGCACUACUAUAGUAAUUGUGAAACUGCUGAGGAGUUAAACCGUGUUAGUCUGUUAAAAUUUGUAUGAGAGUUGCAGUUUAAUUCAGCUUCGCUGCUACAUAUCCUGAGAAUUUAAAGCCUGCAUUCCAACUACCAAUGACAUCGCUUUGCAGCAUGAGCUUUGUUGCAAUAGCUAGUAAUUUUGCUGAUUUUUGCUGCAAUCCUGAAGUAUGGUGUGCAUUUCUAUUAUUUCACCGGCACUAAAUGCACCUUCCAGACCUCAGUUUUAUCUCAGUUUUUAAUCUCAGUUUUAUCCUGUUCGCAAACCUCGGACCAAACCUCGGACCAAACCUCGGAAACAAACCUCGGACCUCUUAAAGUUUUGAUGCAGUUUUUUUAGAACUCCAUGUAUAUUACUGAUAGCAUUUUUGACGCCUUCCGAACCAGAUAUAUUUUUUUACCGAGCUUUUUAUUUCUUUUAAAAUUCCGUGUUAGCGCCACGAAGCAACUGUGGUGUACAGAUGUGGACAGAUGGAGAGAGGACAGGAGGAAAGACUGGGGUGACAGGGGGAGUUAGUGUGCAUCCUGGGCCGACUUCAGGGGGAACUGUGCCGACAUUCGUAUGGAAAGUCUUCGGAAAACCCAGAAAAACCCCAGGGAAAACCUCAGACAGCACAGCCGGUGACAGGAUUCGAACCCGUGUCACCUCCCAGUCUCGGCGUGGAAAGCGAUAAUGCUAACCACUAUGCCACGGGAGCUGGUUUUUACAGAGCUGAAGCAGUUUGCAGCAGAGCUUGCCACUCCGGGGUUGGAAUGAUUCCGGAAUCAUUCCAGAUUUAUCAGAGCCCGGAAUGGAAUUGGAAUGGAAUGGCGGAAACUGUCCUAGGAAUGGAAUGGAAUUAGGCUUUUUUUUUUUUCGCAGGCGGAAUGGAAUUGGAAUGGAGUGGUCUGGGUGCCACACGGUCAAGGGCGAAAUAACCUCGUCGUUUUGCUUUUUCCGUGAUGGGUAUAAUGUCAAUCUCCUCUAUGGCAGUGCUGGGCUACCCAGCACGGUUACCGGUCCCCUUUUCUUUUAUCGUUGGAGUUAAAGGAAUGGAAUGGGGUUGCCAAGCCAUUCCAGGAGUGGGAAUUGGCCAUACCUUUACUUUCCGAGGAAUUGAAAGGAGUGGAAUUAUCGCGAGUCUCCAUUCCGCAGAAUGGAAUUGAAAUGGAAUGGGGGAUCCCAUUCUGCAACCCUGAUUCGUGCCACGGAAAAAUCCUAUAUGCCUGGAUCUCACUUGCACAUUCCAUUGCAUGUUUUGGCGAAUGUGGUGGCGUUCCUACUCAGAGUGACUGCUAGGCUGUGCCAUAGGAGAACUCAAACAUUAGUUUACAAACAUUAGUAACAAAGUUUACAUUAGUGUACAAACAUUAGUAACAAUUUUGAGUUGCGAGUUACAGUUACUAUAAAUUAUAGUUGGCAGCCAUAGUGCUUUGACUGCAUUUUCUACUGAAAUGCUUUUAAUGAGUUGGGGGAAAAAGAUUGGUGCUUUAAUUCAAGGCAAAAUCUUAAGUUACUUAUGCACUUAUGUGUUAUCGGGAAAUCUUUAGAACCGUGUCGCGCCAGACAACAACUACGAUAGUCAUAUACGGAAAAUGAACGCAGUUCUGCAGCCUAUAACCAUUGGAACCGUGUUUUUGAAGUUCGCAACGUUGCUUUACGUUCCCUGGGUUUUGUAUGUCGCAUUGCCGAAAACUUCAGUAAGCCGCUGUGUUUGGUUAAUCUUCACAAAACUCUCGUGAGAAGCAGACUGGAGUCUGCCUCAAGUGUUUGGAAUUCUUUAACGUUGACUUCCUCAGCAGCCAUCGAGAGGGUUCGACGGAAACUUGUCGCAGUUGUGUAUGACAGGUUUUAGUACUAUCGUAAAUUUUAUUACUCGUAUGCUUCAGUGAUGUCUAGGUUGGAGUUACACCCCCUUGACUUGACUUCCAGUUGACUUAUAGUGACUGUCAACUUGACUCGGAGCUUAUUACGUUUUUUAUUUUUGCUGUUAAUCUUUCUUUUUGGUGUUUUUUACGCUGUAUUUUAAACUCAUGUAGUUUCACCACAAGUUAGGAUAGUGGCUGUUGGUGGGCAGAGUAAAUAAAUAAAUAAAUAAAUAAAUAAAUAAAUAAAUAAUGCUGUACCGUGCUAGUUCGGUCCCUGGCAAGACUGCCAAAAGGUGCCACCAGUUAAGAUGGGCUCAUUUCUGGCUAGGGUCAUGUCGAUAACAGUGAAACUGUGCAGACUAGCUGGUUCAUAAUGACAAGGAGGAGGCGCGAGAGAGGGGAAAAAUUAACAGACGACAGAUUCUCAGUUCACAUCAUGUAAUGCGGCAGAUCGAAACGGCUGUCCAGGCCCUCUGGUGAUUCGUUUUACAAGUUUGCGUUACAAACAGAUAGAGCCAAGUCAAAAAGAGAUUUCGCCUGCUUUUUUCGAACGCAGGGACAAGAGGGUAAUCAGCACAGAUUGAUGACCACAAUGCUUGUUUUGAACGAUUAUCGAAUAGCGGUUGAUAAACUAAUUAUAAUUUCAGUUGGAAUAGUACAUCAUUGGUAGCACUUUUGUUACCUAUACCCGUAAGCCCCUUUUGAGGCUUAAGUCGUCAGCGUAGGAAUGUUACCUUGCCCCUUACAUCCAAAUGUCCUGUCUAUUCAUAACACACUGCCAAGGGUGCUUACACACAACAUAUAGUACAUACAUGCUGUUACCUUUAUUCAAACGAGCACAUUAUACAGGUAUGCCAAUAAAAUAAUCAUUAAUGUCCCAAUAUAACAGACUUCCCAGCGUGUCGCCAGCACUCUGGUAACGUGAUCUGCGUCAUGUCGAGAGAUCAACUCAUAUUGUCAAACCAGACGUGCUGGGGACAUGUACGCUGACCGUUCCCACAAGCACCCGACGACGCGGAGCUUUGUAGUCUUCACACUUGUGACAUACACAUUGCUGUAGUGCGGAAUGUGCCGUCGAAUGUGCAGUAUUGAACACGUCGCACUUCAUAUCAAUAAGUGACAAUCACGCUGCCCAUCACGACGCUACAUGAAAAUUCAAAAUGCAUUUCCCCUGUAUCAUCGUAUUGUGUUUUGUGUCCAAUCCGUGCCGGCAUACCCCGCCAUUGUGGGCGUGAAAGCUUUUGUGACGCAGCGCUGAAAUAUACUCAUAUUGCUUAGCUUGUUCAGCCCUUCUGGCUGAACUUUAAGUGAAUGCUGACCAGAUGUUUUGUAGCUUUGCUGAGUAGCACGAUAUGCGUUUAUGCUUGCCUAUGUCCUUCUAGCAGUGAUAAUAUGAUAUUAUUGAAUGCAAGACUAGACACAAUACAAGAAUAUUGCCUGCAGUGUAUAGGUGUGUAAAAAAAAGACAUGCAAAACUAGCCUUAUCGUGCUGUAGUGUCGUUCCUCAUGUGCCUACAUGUUGCCUGCCAUGUAUUACCAGUGUAGAAAAAAAGAUGUUUGUGCAAAAUGUUGUACAGCUUAUCUUGAGGUGCUGUAGCUAGUGGUCUCAUCAACUCCAUCAGUUUUUUUUUUUUUUUUACCUCAUUCCUAUUCUCUGGUGAUGUCACCCUACGCAAACGUUCAUCACGUGAAUGGUGAAUUGAGGCCUCACAGCACUUCACACCAUUCCCCCGACAUGAAGCCGCAUUUUUCUUAAUUUCCAAGCUAGCCUGUGCUACAUGGAUGCAAUGUGCGUCAAAGUACAGAAACAAGGAAGCAUGGUCAUUUGACUUAUUGGCAUAUUUUGUCGAUCGCUUGCAGGGCUUUGAUUGUCACAUAUUUUUCUAUUGUGCCGUGAAUAAAUGUAUCGAUGUUCAUCGA